AUGGUGCUGCUCGCGUCGCGGUACGCCAACUCGGUCGCCCGAGGCGCGGUGCUCUCGAUCGCGGCCGGCCUGUCCUUCAUGCUGAUUGCACGACAUCAACUCGCCUUGCCCCAUGCGUACCCACCCGGGGUGGCCCAGAGAAUAGGCUCCCAAGCUGUAAGCUCACGCCUCCACGCGUGCUGCACUCCAUCGCUGUCCUCUGACGCGCCCUCACCUCUUCAAAACUUCCAGUGGGACGUGGCGCUCAGAGCGUCAACGCCCGGUCAGACCAUCGUUAACGCCGAAAGCUCCUCCUCGUCUUCCUCGACACCAAACACUCUAUCCGAUUUUGAAGAUGAAGACGACGACGAUGCCCUCGACGACAACGACCUCGGCUUCGCUCGCGGCGAGUGGAACCCCUUCCUCGCCGAGACCACGCCCAUUACCGAGAUUCAGAUCAAGACGUGCAUGCUCCCGCCGGGGCUGUACGAUCUGUGUUCGCCGACGAGCUCCAAGAAGGAGGAUGCGACGAGGGGGGAGUGGAAGAGGGUCGACAGGGAUCUCAACAAGCGCGUCGGCAUCUACUAUGCUUACCUCUACUACCGUACGUCCACCAGCUCGGAGUCGAGUUUUCAUGUCGUGCUGACCCGUCGACUUUGCCCUGCAGGACUCCUGAUCCCGGGUAGCUCUACACCAGUCAUCACAAAUAUCACUUUGAUCGAUCAAGAGGUCGAGCUCGACAGUACCAAGUGAGUCAGCAGCACGAGGGGGGGGGGGGGGGGGGGGAGGACGCAUCACGAUCCCAAACCUGACGAAAGCGAAACCCUAUCUACCUGUCUGGCAUCAGUGGCGUGUGGACUCGCGUAUCUGCAAAUAUCAGGGAGGGCAUCUGGCCACGUAUGAAGCCCAUGUACCUAUACUACCGAUCAACGUCCCAGCAUCUCAUCAAAGCCGCUCGAGCAGCCUCGCCCGAUCGGAAUGCCGGGGACAGCCUCGAGCCCAUCACCCAGCUCGAUGUCAUCUAUGGCGGUAACGAGGUCCAACCGCUCCCUGGCUACACCAAACUUCCGGUCAUGAUCUCGGGUGGCGAAGACGACGAAAAGGCUGUCGGCACGGGUAAUCGAAAAGGCUCUCGAGUCGGGUCGACGCUAGCGUAUCGCAAGAUUGCACAAAGUGAGGGUCUCUGAGACAAGCGGUUUUGCUAGCAUAUGCUCAGCACUCACAAAGUCACCUAUCGCACCUUGCAGAAAGCGCCGCCGCCCCUCCGUUGCGAUUCUCGGCCGAGGGCACCUAUACGAUCCUCCAAGUCGCCGAUCUGCACCUCAGCGUCGGUCCAGGUAAAUGCCGCGACCUCGAUUUCAAGCAAAGGACCAACUGCGAGGCGCUCGGUGCGGACACCUACACGCUGCAAUGGCUUGAAACCGCGCUCGAUGAGGUCAAACCUUCCCUCGUCGUCUUGUCGGGUGACCAACUCAACGGGCAAGACACGUCGUGGUCGGUCCAAUCGACGAUUAUGAAGUUCGCGCCUUUGAUCUACAGGCGCUCGAUCCCUUGGACCGUCGUCUUUGGGAACCACGAUGGCGAAACGACAGAUCUGGACCUGAAGCGACAGAUCGAUCUCAUGAGUCGCUUGCCGUACUUUGUCGGUGAAGCUGGUCCUUCUUCGAUCGCCGGAUCAGGCAACUACGUUCGUUCGGUCCGAGCCAGCGAUUCAGAUACGGUGCUUUCAACGUUGUACUUCCUCGAUUCGCAUGCCAACGUCAAGAAGACCGCACCUUGGUCACAAGCAGGCUAUGACUUUAUCAAACCUGAUCAGAUCAACUGGUUCAAGGGGAGGUCGGCGCAGAUCCAUACGCUCAAGAGGCCUUACACACCGUCGAACGUCCAGGCCACGAUCAAGGGCUCGAAAGCGAGACCCUCCCAAGCCAAUGAAGCGGCCAGGCAUGUCCCGCGCGGCUCGGAAAAUCGAACGACGGCCCAAACCUCGGCGCUGGCGUCGGGCAGCAAUGCGGCGGCUCAGCGUGAAGAUCCAGACUGGGCCCCGUCUGGGUUAGAUAUUGGCGGGAAGCGCAUGAGGAAGCGCGCACUUCAUGCGAGACAAGAUGACGAGGAUGCCGAUGCGCUUGGCGACGGGGAGGGCGACGAUUCCGUCCUUGGGCCCGACGACAACACCGAAGAUAUCGCGAAAGCCAUCGCGGUGGAAGAGGCGGGCAACAGCGACGAGAAGAUCGAUCUUGGCUAUGGGAUGAUGCCUGACGAUGGAGCCAACAUACAAGACGCAGCGACUGGGCACGAGACCGAUACCUUCGUCAAGGGCAACCCUCUGCUCGAGAACGAGAAGGGACUCGAACCGACCGUACUCCCCGUGGGGCCGACCCGAGCUGCCCCCUUAGAAGCCAAGCCGAACGCGCUCGUCUUCUUCCAUAUCCCUUUGCAGGAAGCGUACGAUUCGCCAAUUGACGUCGGAGCCGACGGUACGCGUCUGUUCUUUGGUGAACGGUUAGAAGGCAACGGCGCGUCCAAGACAGAUUCGGGCUUCUUUCAACAAGGCCUCUUGGCGCAGAAGGAAAUGAUGGCCGAGAGCGAUGGGCCCGUCGAUGCGUUCUGGGACGGCGAGUCGUCCGCACCGACCAAAGGUCGACCCGAGGUCAAGGUCGUCGCGAACGGGCAUUGUCACAUUAGCGAGGACUGUCGAAGGGUCAAUGGGAUUUGGCUCUGCUUUGGGGGUGGGGCUUCGUAUUCGGGCUAUGGUCAGCCUGGGUUCUUGAGGCGCAUGAGGGUGUACGAGCUGAGUGACUAUGGGGAGACGAUCGAGACCUAUCAUCUCCUUGAUACGAAGCAAAUCAUCGAUCGGGUCGUGCUGGUCGGGGAGAAGGCCAUGGGGUCCUAG